AUGGCAUGGAGCGAACCCGAAGUAAAACGACCGAAGCUCGACCACCGCGGCGGCUGCGACGAUGAGGGCCGCCCGGUCUUCGUCGACGACGAUGGCGACCUGAGCCUGCACGUCGGCCCGGAGGGCAAGACGGCGACCUACGUCGUCUGCGCCAAGACGCUCGCGCGCCACUCGCCCAUCUUCCGCAGGAUGCUCUUCGGCGGGUUCAAGGAGUCGAAGCCGCUGGACGGGAGCGAUUGGGUCAUCGAGCUGCCCGAGGACUCGCCCGAGGGGUUCAAGAUCUUCCUCGACAUGGUCCACGGGUGGUUCGGGAGGGUGCCGGAGGAGUUGUCGCUCGACCAGCUGGUGGACGUCCUCAUCAUCACGGAGAAGUACGACGCGACGGCCAUCACGCGGCCUUGGGCCCGGGGCUGGCUGAAGGCCGUCGAGGACAGCACGUCCGGGUUCGGGUUGUUGUGCGCGGCGUGGGAGCUGGGGGACAUGGCGACGUUUGAGAAGAUGAUUUUGAAGAUCAUCGAUGAGGCGGAGUGUUCAGCGGAUGAGAGCCGUCGUCUGAUCUAUGACGGGUACUACGCGGAUGAGAUCAAAUAUCUCGAGCCGCCUGGCUUGUUUGAAGCAAUCAAGGAGUUGCGCUCGGCGUUGGUUGCUGCUCAUAUGGCACCCUAUGUUGAGAUUUACGAUGUCCUUGCCAAACCAGGCGGCUCAAAACUUCCUUUCUGUCCUUUGACAGACGAGAAGGCUUGGCGAACUUGCGACAACCUCGUUCUGGGCUCUCUCAUCAUGGGUCUGAUGAGGUCGAACGUCAACAUCACGGCCAAGGACCCCGCCGAUGAUUUCACCGGCAGUCUAGAAUCUCUCAAAGGCAUCCUCCGUCGUCUGAGGAUAGAGGCGACAGAUCACCCGUACUCGCGACGAUGCGAGGACAAUUUGCAAGGCAGGAGGCAACGGGGGACAGCACAAGAGAUGGAGAUCAGGGCAGAGCAUGUGAUUAUCAAGCAGGAACAUGUGGACUAUAUCACGAAGCAGGCUCACAAGACUGGGUUGGACAAGAUAGACGACGACGAGGACUAG